UUUUUGCUGAAAACCUAUUUUUUGUAUUUUUGUUUGUUUUUUUGUUUCAACAGUUGAUCAGACUUAAAGAAAAUAUAAGAUUUUUUACACACAAAUAAAGAAUUCGUUGACAAAAGAAAAAAAGAGCGAAAAAAUAGAAAUUUAUACGAAAAAGUUGUCGUAUAAGUAAAAAAUGAAAGAUGACUAUAUCGAUAUUGAAAUCAACCUCCCAUCAUGUAAACGCAUUUGUCGACGACGGAGAUGGCCAUUUUCAAAACGUCAAAACUUUUGGAUUUUAGUUGUAAUCGUUGUUGUUUUGAGAACUUUCGAAGUAACUAUUGAUUUUGAUACACUUUUUAGUUCAAAGCCGAGUGAGAGACCUAUGUGUACACCAGUGAAUAACGUAGUUUUUCUUAAAACACAUAAAACGGGUUCAACAACAGUUGCAAAUAUAAUGUAUAGAUAUUCAAAAUCAAAGAAUUUAAAAGUGGUUUUACCAGACUGCGAACACAGGCUUUGUUGGCCAAUCAAGUUUAACAAAAGCGCUAUUUACCAUCAUAAAGAAAAAAAUACUUACAACAUGUUAUUUCAUCACGCUGUUUUUCAUAAACAAAACAUUUUAGAAAUUAUAGACAAUUGGCAAACAAAAUUCGUAACAAUUUUGCGGGAACCAUUUUCACAGUUGGAAUCAGCAGCGCAAGCAUUUAAAUUUAAGCAUUGCUACAAACUUAAUGGAACGUCACCUAUUCUUGAUCAACUUUUUAACUUUUCGGACAAUGAUUUGAAAAAAACUAUAAAAUCUCAAAAAACGGACCCAUAUGGCGCUUUUAAUUUAACAAAAAACCCAAACGCCUUCGACCUAGGAUUUGAUCCCUGGAACGACACUACCGAAUAUAUUGAAACAGUUUUGAAAUCAAUUGAAAAAGAUUUUAAUCUAGUAAUGAUUACAGAAUAUAUGGAAGAGUCGUUGGUUUUGUUAAAAAACGAACUAUGUUGGGAUUUGAAGGAUAUCGCCUUUUUUAUUCAUAACGCAAGAUUGACCAAAGACGUCAGUACAAACAAUCUUGAAAAAACAAAAUCACGAGCUUUAAAUUGGAAUAAAAUGGACGUUGCAAUUUAUGAUUAUUUUAACAAAACAUUUUGGAAAAAGAUAAAGAAUAGUGGUACUAGUUUUCAACAAGAUGUUGAAAAACUUAAACGAAUGAACUUUUUCUUGGAAUACGAAUGUGCAACUCAACCGAAAAGAAAAAAUGAAAUAGCUGCAUCCAUAUUAAAAACUGAAUUUAAUGUAGUGGAAAAUAUAACAGAGUUAUGUUCAGACUUACAAAUUCAAGAGUUAAACUAUACAAGUAUUUUAAAAGAAUCAAAAAAUUAACUAUA